AAAUGUUUUGUUUUGGCAAACAUCAUUAGAACCACUGGUUCACUGACAUUAGCCAGGAGAGUUAGUCGGAGUAGUUUACAUUAAUUUAGCGUGCUGGUGCUAAGAUUAGUUCGCAGCGAUAUCACUUUGCUCAGCGUGAUGCUGUGUAGUUGUCAACACAGGGAGCACUAUAUCGUCUGCUGAGGAAAACAUUCGAAUUGGUUCUUGCUGGAAUUAGUGGAAAGACAGUAGACACCAAGCCCUUAUCAGCUAGGGGUCUGGCUUUUAAACUCAAAACCCCUCUUGCUUACGCUCAUAUAAUUUGGUGACUGUAGGAGGGGGGUGAUUACAGGCACCGCUACGUUUUUCUUGAUACGCAACACACCAAGCAAAAACAACACUUUAAAUAGGAGAUGUCUUCCAGUUUGUUGGCCUGUCAACUCCGGCAACUGAAAUAUCUAGUCAGUGCUAACAGUUACUUGAAACUUAGCCAGGCCAGUUACACUGUGAGCAAUGCUGAACCAGCAGGACCUGUCCUGGUCACUCCAAUACCUGGACCUAAGUCGAAGCAACUGAAAAGUGAACUUGAUCAAGUGCAGAACACAGAUGCAGUGCAGUUUUUUGUGGAUUAUGAAAAAAGUUAUGGGAACUACAUUGUGGAUGUGGAUGGUAACUACUUGCUGGAUCUGUACACACAGAUAGCCAGUAUUCCGUUAGGCUAUAAUCAUCCAAGGAUAACAAAAGUCUUGACAAAUCCUUCUAAUCUAAGUUCCUUUGUGAACAGACCAGCACUUGGUGUAUUUCCUCCUGCUGAUUUUGUCAAGAAUAUCAAUGAAUCUUUAUUAUCGGUAGCUCCACCUGGGAUGAAUCAGGUUAUCACAAUGGGUUGUGGUGCUUGCUCAAUAGAACAUGCCCUCAAAGCUGCUUUCAUGGCAUUUAGAAGAAAAGAAAGGGGUGGUAAGCCACCUUCCAGAGAGGAACUUGAGACAUCUUUGUUUAAUAAACCUCCUGGAAAUCCAAACAUUUCUGUGCUCUCUUUUAAAAAUGCUUUUCAUGGCAGGACAAUGGGUGCUCUUGCCUUGACUCAUACCAAAUGGACCCACAAGCUUGAUUUCCCUAGCCCUGACUGGCCCAUUGCCUCCUUUCCUUCACUCAGAUAUCCUUUGGAAGACUUUGAACUGGAGAAUUCUAAAGAGGAACAGAGAUGUUUGGCUGAGGUUGAAGAUUUGAUCAAUCAUUACCAAAAGAGGGAUAACCCAGUUGCUUGUGUGGCUAUCGAACCUAUUCAGUGCGAAGGAGGAGACAAUUUUGCAAGUCCUCAAUUCUUCCAAGGACUUCAAGACAUUUGUAGAAAGAACAACAUAGCGCUACUAAUAGAUGAAGUGCAGACCGGUGCUGGCACAACUGGCAAGUUCUGGGUGCACGAGUACUUUAACCUUAGAGAUCCACCAGACUUGGUCACUUUUGCCAAGAAAAUGUUGACUGGAGGUUUUUAUUACAGGGAUCAUCUCAGGCCAAAAGAAGGUUACAGAAUAUUUAAUACAUGGAUUGGUGACCCUUCCAAAGUUGUAAUGCUGAAGGAAGUUCUCAAGGUCAUCAAAGAUGAACAACUUUUGCAGAAGACAACAGACACAGGAAAAUAUAUGUUAAAUAAAUUGAUAGCAGCUCAGAACAAGUAUCCUCAUCUCCUCUCUAGAGCUCGAGGUCUUGGCGCUAUUGCUGCCAUUGAUUUCCCAGACCCACAGACCAGAGACAAAGCUGUGGCCAAAUUGAGGGAACUUGGUAUUCAUCUUGGAACAUGUGGUACAUCCACCUUAAGAAUCAGACCAACUCUGAUACUGGAGAAAAAACAUGUGGAUAUUUUUGCAGACAGAUUUCAUCAAGUUUUAAAACAAUUGUGACUUUAAUGUCUAGCACAUUUUAUUGUUGUUAAAUAUUGUUAAAAAUAUUACCAGAUUAAAUAGAAAUUGAAUCAAUGCUCUAUCUAAUGUUAUUGUCAUAUAAACAUAGAGACAAACAAUACUACUUUUGUUUAUUGAUUACAUAUUUAUAUUAAAAACUCCAUAAUUACCAUGACUGUUUAUUUGGUUCAAAAUCUGUGGUAGAAUGGUUCUGAAACCAUACAUUUCUAUAAAAUUGUUUUUAUUAGA